AUGGAUGACUCUAUUGAAGCCCGCGUGUUCAUCCCAGGUGCAGCAGAAGGCGAACUGAGCGGGAGCAAUGUCGCCCUCAGCUUCUGGGGCGGCGUAAAUGCCCAAACGGGUACGGUUAUCGACACUCAUCACCCCCUGGUGGGCAAAUCGGUGGCGGGCAAAGUCCUAGCAAUUCCAAGUAGCCGCGGCUCUUGCUCCGGCAGUGGAGUCAUUCUUGAGCUCUUGUUGAAUGGCAACCAGCCUUCUGCUUUGAUUUUUGCUCGAGAAGAGAUGAUUCUGACCCUCGGCGUGCUUAUUGCGGAGGAGAUGUUCCAGAAAAGCAUCCCCGUCCUGCAUGUCCCAAUGUCAUCCUUCAACAGGCUAUUGCAAUUUGAGUAUGUAAGAAUAUCAGAGACUCAAGUUACAACUGCAACGAAAUCACUGGAGUCUUUAAUACCCGCACUUUUACCCCGUCCACCUCUUCAUCAGCCCGAUUUCUCGGCAAUUCAACUAUCCCCUUUGGACCGCGAGUUACUCAACGGAUCUCAUGGAAAAGCAGAACAAGUGGCAAUGCGAGUCAUUCUCCGCACAGCAAAUAUCCAAGGCGUGACAGAAUUGAUCGAUGUGAAACAAGCCCACAUCGACUGCUGCAUCUACACCGGCCCAGCAACACUGGAAUUUGCCCAAACACUCUGUCGAUGGGGAGCGAAGGUCCGAAUACCCACGUCCCUCAACUCUAUUUCCAUUGAUAGACGACUAUGGCGCUCGCAAGGAGUGGAUCCCUCACUGGGCGAGCCCUCUGAGAAACUGGCACAGGCUUAUGUUGAGAUGGGAGCUCAGCCAACAUUUACAUGUGCUCCUUAUCUUCUAGACACUGCGCCAGAACCUGGUGAUCAUAUAAUGUGGGCUGAGUCUAAUGCAGUGGUCUUUGCCAAUAGCGUGCUUGGUGCGAGAACCAUCAAGUGCCCGGACUAUCUGGACGUUUGCGUUGCCUUGACUGGACGGUCGUUGAAUACCGGUUGUCAUCUGACAGAAAACCGCAAAGCUCGGAUUGAGAUUCACUUGGAUCUUGACGUUGACUCUGAUGACUCUUUAUAUCCACUGCUUGGAUAUAUUGCAGGGGAUAUUGCUGCGGAUUCCGUGCCGAUUAUUACGGGAUUAGAAAGGAAGUCUGUUCCGACAGAAGACUUGAAAGCUUUUGGUGCUGCAUUUGCGACAACCUCCAGUGCUCCGAUGUUUCAUAUUGCGGGCAUCACUAUAGAGGCUCGGAAGCUAGCGGACAUUCAGGCUCAUCUAAAAGAUACGGCAAGAGUUACAGUAUCGUGUUCCGACCUUGCGAAACAAUGGGACCGAUUCAACGCCUUCACAGAAAGUGAGAGACGCACUCAGAUUGACCUGGUCUCCCUUGGAAAUCCACACUUCUCACACGAAGAGCUUGUGAAGCUGGUGCAACUCUGCUCUCAACGUCAAAAGUGCGCAAAGACCGCACUAGUAGUAACCUGCAACCGUGACACCUACGGUCGAGCUGCCAAGGAUGGAUUGAUUAAUGAGCUCGAGAAAUUCGGGGCCCAGAUUGUGACCGAUACCUGCUGGUGCAUGAUGCAGGAACCAAUCAUUCCACCGACUUCCAAAACAAUCAUGACGAAUUCUGCAAAGUAUGCUCAUUACGGGCAAGGCUUGACGGGACGGCAAAUUCGGUUCGGGGGUCUGGCACAAUGUGUGGACGCCGCUUGUUCCGGGGAGGUAGUGAAUAACAUGCCUUCUUGGCUGGUGAACACAAAUGAUGUAUAA